UACAUUACCUACAAAGCGGCACAUUUCCUAGGACUUCCACGAGAAAUUCGCAAUCGCAUCUACGUGGCGGCACGAGACGACAUCAACUCACAGAGCGGACUCACUUCCAAGCUUUCUCAACACCCAUUGACCGGAUUCGAGGGUUUGCGGCAAGCCAGUCGACAACUGUACCAUGAAGUGCCUCAGAUCUUGGGUACAUUCAUCGUUCCACGUACAUUCGUCAAUUCUUUCCUACGCAUGCCAAUCCAUAGCCACAGUAUGUGGGAUAAUUUCAGGUCUCUCCACGUCGAGAUACCUCACGACAGUGACGUUGAAGUCUUCGGCUGUCUAGCACAUGCACUGAAGCAGGUUGCCCGCGAACUACAAGACCUCCGGCUCUAUGGAGUUGGCUUGGAUGCCCAUGGAAUCCCAACAAGUUCGCAAACUAAAGCUUGUGGAAAAUUCGACAACUCCUUGUUCCCUAAUCAGAGAAAUCUCGCAAUAUCUGGCCAGGAUUGGAUGGUUCGACUACCUCUCAUCAACACUAUCCAGUGUCUUAUCAACCUCAGAACGCUUGUUCUCGACAAUCUCAAUAUGCCUGUACUUGAGGCCCAUGUCCUGAAAUACAAGGAUCAUUUAGAAUCUCUGUACAUCUGCAUGGAUCACCGAACAACUCUGCAUUACGAAUAUCUGCUCGAUUCAUCUGCCAAGAAAAUGGUUAGGAAUCUGAUGUGGGGGGUUAGACAAUCGUGCCCACUGAAAGAACUAGAGAUCUCGAUGAACAGCACGAUGAACGUGGGCCGGAUCCUAGGCUUGUCAGUGAAUACUCUGGAGAAAUUGACGAUCAUCGUUCCCGAUCAAUCGAAGCAGUCCGCGUGCGAGCGGCAGAGCAACUGGAUUGGGGACCUCGCACAAAUCCUUCAGUUCAUACUGCGAACUUCUCAAAAGUUACAGACACUCAAAGUCUGCAUCCACGCAGCUCUCUACGAGAACGAUAAGUGGUCUGGUCAGUUGAUUGGUGCUUUCAACAUGCAUAUGCCGUUCAUGUUGACAUUGCAAACUGUCGAGUUGCACAUCCAAGCCAGAUCCCGCUGGUUUGCGCAAGAGUUCAUAGAAGCCUUGCCUGACUCUGUGCAGAGAUUCUAUGCUCCUGAACUGCUUUUUGCGGGCCAUUUCAAGGCUAUGCUUACUAUGCUUACAUUCAAGACUAAGCUUGACCUCGAGGGAUAUGACCACACCAAGCACCGAAUGAUUGGUGAGGAUCCUAUGAGACGUGACUCGAUUUUCUUUCCGCGUUCUGAACUCUGCUUUAUUGGGUAUGAGUAUGCUCUCGAAACGAGACCAACCCUGUAUGAGAUGCAGCACGAAUAUGCGAUUGAACUCCUCAAGCUUAAUGCGAAAUUGCUAGACCGACAUCGAAAUCGACAUUUGGCAAAAAUUGGUGGUUGGCAUAUCCCUUUGAACUCAAAGGAACCCGCGUCACUUGAAGAAUACAAUGCUGCGGUCACGGCAGCCAGAUUGGGUCAACUAGGUGGUCCUAUAUUCGACGAAAUUCCAGAACUUCAUGUCUUCGCUACUCAUAAUGAGUAUUUUGGCAAAGAAGACGAGGCAGUAGAUAUCUUCUACCGGGAAGCCGUGGCACAGGCAAAUGAUCUUCUCUCACUGACAUACCCAGCUUUUGAGGAUGUGUCAGAUGACUUCAGGCAUUCCAACCACUGGAUCUCC